AUGUUUAAUUCAGGUACCAGUUCCAACAAUAACAGGUUUAGUAAUGUUUCCAUUAAUUUCCUGCAACCAUCUGAAGACACUUCACAACAACAGGGAAAUCAACAGAAGACUUAUCAUCAACUACAAAACAAUUCUCAGCAAUCAUACAUACAACUGAAUAAUAAAAACAAGCCUUUAUUUGCCAAUGAUCUGCAGUCACAAUUUGAUACAAACAUGAAAGGGCAAGAACCGGAAUGGUUCAACAACCCGAAAAAGAGAAAUAUCCCACAGAAUGUGAUAAGAAGAAAUGUGAAUGAAAAUAACGAACUAGGUAAACAAUCAUCAACUAUUACUUCAUCAACAUCUUUUUCUUCAAGUUCUAAUGCUUUAACCACAAAUUCAGGUUUCGAAAAUAUGUCAUUUGGAUCAAGAAAAUCUACAAAUCUAUUUAAUUCUAAAAAUGCUCAGAACAAAAACUUAGAAGGUAACAAUAUACUAGUGGAUUCGAAUGAAGCUCCACCUACUUUAUCGUUACUUGAUUGGCAAAGGGAAGAAGAGUUUGGUGUUUCUUCUAAGCUGGGAAAUAAUUCAUCUGGAAUCUUCAUGGAAUCUCUAACAAGUAGCAAUAUAGCAUCUGGUUUAUCGCCUUCAUUAUCAUCAACAAACUCUUCAAAUCAAAUACUUUCAGCAAGUGCUUUUGAUUCGAAGCCUGUAUCAAGUUUAUUCACAUCUCAAGAGGUAUCAGGAACUUCACGUUUCGAAGAGAACAAUUCAAAUACAAUUACACCAUCUUCUUCAACAAUGCACGAAGGUGCUGUUUUAGUUUUUGGAUAUCCAGAAAGUAUUUCUAACUCAAUAAUCUCACAUUUUGCUAAAUUCGGUAAUAUUUUAGAAGAUUUCCAAGUCCUACGUAGUACAUCUGGUAUAACCGCAUCAACUUUAAAGACUUUUACGCAAAACAUUAAUAAUAAUAAUGAAAUGAAAAAGAAAUACCCGAUUUAUACCGGCGACGGAUGGGUAAAAUUGACAUACGAUUCGAAUUCCUCUGCUAUCAGAGCUUUACAAGAAAAUGGUAUAGUUAUCGGCGGUUCCUUAGUUGGUUGCAUCCCAUAUUCCAAAGCUGCUGUUGAACAAUUAGCUUCAUGUAAAAUUGAAAAAAGUGAUGAUAUAGGCAAUUUUAAUUUCAGUUCCACAAAUAACAUUAAUUUCAAGACGCCUUUACAUAAUAAUAAUGAUAAAGAUGAUAGAACCAACUCUCCUUCAGAGCUAAAUGGAAAUACCAAAACCCCAUCAUAUCUUUCUCAUAGAUUAGAUAUAAAAGAUGGUAAAUCAUUGUUCCUACAUAACGCAAACACUAAUAAUCACAACUUUUUAAGAACUCUAGAAAUGAAAAUGCGCCAUCAAGAAGAACUUAAUAUACAACAUAAGCAACAACAAACAGCUGGUUUAUUACAUAAGGUUAAUGAUUGGUUAUUUGGUUGGAAUGAUUUGUAA